ACGCGUCCAAAUACAAUUUGGAUCGCGCUCUCUCUCUCUCUCUCUUACACACGCACUUAAGAACUGCUAAGCUACAAUUUUCUUCUACUCUGUAGAAGAGGGAACAAAAAACGAUGGCGCUUUUCCAAUCUCACUUCAACGCUUCGGUUCUUCUUCCCAAUAACGCCUAUAGAUCUACCGCUCGCUCCCUUUGCACGAGCAAGCACUUCAGCGGCGAUACAUCUUCUCUUAGAUUUGGGUGGCAGACAAGUGUCUUCAGGAGACAGAAGCAUUGCCGGGGUAACACCUGCUAUACUAAGGCUGCUCUUAACCAUGGCACUCUGCAGUGGGUUUCUACUGUUGCUACGGCGGCUUUAAUGUUUUCAAAAGGCACGGUUAUCCAGAAAUCUUUCCUUGUCCCUAUAUUUGCUUUGCAAGCCCCUCCUGCCGUGAUUUCAUGGAUUAAGGGUAGGUAUGGCACUUGGGCAGCUUUUAUAGUACUCUUGGUUCGUCUAUUUUAUUUCAUCCCAGGUGAACUGGAAUUGCCCUUCUUAACAUUGUUGCUUGUGAUUUCUGCACCUUAUGAAGCGAUAGACCUUCGGUAAGCUGCUGUUUCUUAUCAAUUCUUUAUUAUUUGAAAGGC